ACAUUUAAAAACAAAAUACUUAAAAGUGAACGUAUAAAAGGUAACGCUAACAAUCGUACAAUUAGUUUAGUCGGUUCCUUACUUCGCGAGGAGAUUCAACAUAAGAUUUGAAACAUGAAGAAUUCAGCGUUUCUUGCUUCGUUCAUCCUCUAUUGCGGUCUUUUCAGUCAAAAUGUAAUUGUGUCACACGGGAAACGUCCACCUUUUCCUCCCGAAAUAAUACAUGAUUGUAUGGAUCGUGAAAACAUAACAACUAAAGAAUUGAUGAUGCUUGAUAAUUCACCGGUUGAGACAAUCAAAUUACUAGGCAGCAAUAAAGAAGACUUCAGAAAUAUCGGAUGUUUCUUAGCUUGCGCCUUCCAACAACAUGGCGACAUGUCAGGAUCUACUAUGAAUGUACAAACAAUGAUAGAUCGUAUGCACGGAAUGCAUCACGGUCACAUAGACGCCAAUCCGUUUUUCGCUAAUGCCUUGCAAACAUGUGCAGAUUCGCUUGGAGGAAUAGACGACGAAUGCGAAGCGGCUCUUACCUUCCACGUGUGCUUGAUGGAAGCUUUCCAUAAUAGAUCCUAAAUCAAUUUAUAUUUUAUCUAUUUGGACGUGUCUGCUGCGAUAAUGGAAACUUGUUAAAAAUUAUUUGAAUUAGUAAACUAUUAAAUUAGCAAGCAAUUGAAAA